AAAACCACCACAGAGCUGCAUGUGGAUUUUGCUUUUGUUCCACAUAAACCAACAAACCCAUGGUGCUUCUGGAGAUUAUCUGAGUCCCAUUUGCUUUUAGUUUGAUCACUUUUCAGUUUGUUAGCGAUCAUUGACAAACAGUCAGUAGACAGGUAAAAAUCCUGGCCUUGGACCGUCAGGAAGACUCAGCGUGCUCCAGUCUGCUGAAAUGUGUGGGGUUAAUGCUGCAGCAUAAAGUCUGUUUGAUCAUCGCCGUCGUUCUUUGGUAGCAGAUCAGCAGGAAAGUUUACCUCAUCCAGAGUCCACAAAGGUUCAGCUUUCUUCACUGACAGUGGUCGAUGCUGACAGAGGAGAACGUCGCUGGACUAAAGAGGAACAACCACACAGGAGAAAAGGUCUGAGGAGCUCCAGCAUGUCUGCUUCAGCGUGGGUCAUCACCUGGGUGCUACUGUCACAACCCGUCUUCUGCUGGUCCCAACACCAGAGGAACAUCUCAGCUGGAGCAGGGCAGACCGUCACUCUGCCAUGUCAGUAUCCUGACAACAACACCAUCUCAGUGGUAGGGUGGAGCAGAACCGACCUGGGGGAAGAGUACGUCCUGCUCUAUCGGGAUGAGGCGAUCGAUAAAUCCUAUCAGAAGCCGUCUUACUGGGACCGGGUGGAUCUGCAGAACCGACUGAUGCCAGAUGGAAACGUGUCUUUGGUUCUGAGGGAUGUUAGAACCUAUGACAGUGGAACCUAUGAGUGUAGAGUGGUCCACAGUGGCUUAAGUGAAGCUAAAUUGGGAAAUGGUCCCAUCUGCACCAUCCACCUGGAUGUAGCUCCUCCUCCUCCUUCUCUUCCUCCUCCUCCACCUCCUACAGGGAACAAGGAUGGAGACACAGAGGAUGGAGACUAUGAGGACAAGGAGGACCAGGACGAAGAGAACCAGGAUAAAGGGAACAAGAAUGAACGGAACAAGGAAGGAGGAAACAAGCAUGAAGAGAAUGUAGAAGAAGUGAUUGAAGGAUCCAUUUUUUCACCCAUUUUCUUCAUGUUCAUUAUCACCGCUGUAGCUUUUCUGAUUGUUAGAGGUCGUUGUCUCAGACUACAGUUCUUAAGAGAUAGGAUCCUCAAAAGAAAGCUAUUACCGUAGUUGGAGCCUCAUGAGGAGUUCCUGAGAAAUCUUGAGCUGGUCCCAUGUACGAGUCACCCUGCAGCUGAUUGGGCCCCAAAGGAACUUGAAUGGAUCCAGGACAUGUAGCCACGUUGUUUAAAACUCAUGUUAGCAGAUGAUUGAAAGGUAACUUGGUGCUUACUGCUGCUAUCUGAACUACAAUGACAUCUCAUGCACAUUGUUUCAUCUCCGUCAGAAGGUAAAAGUCUUUCCUCCAUUGCUGGUUCCUGGUCCUCAGCCAGCUCAGCAAGGACCUGUAUCUACCAGCAGAAAUAUCGGUCUGAGGUAGCUUCAGGCUCAGUUCAGGUUCAACAGGUUUCCUGGUUCACUUCCUACCUGUCUCUGUUACUAUACUAACCGAUGCUGGAACCCUGACCUGCUCCAGAAUCGGUUCCAGACCAUAGAUGAUACAUCGCCACCUAUUCAUCAAUCUAUGGAGAUCUGAUCUUUUGUUCUGUCAUAUCUCAACGUUAAGUUUUACUUUUAUCUUUGUGGGAUGAGCUGCAUUCAUAUUAAACUGAAGAUUAAACAUU